GCCGCCGCCGCCCCGGGAUCCCCGCCGCCGCCCAAGAUGCCCGGCGGCUGCGCGCUCCCGCUCGCCUGGCUGCUCCUCGCCGCGGCGCUUUCGGCCACCCCGGGGCUCGGGUCACCGGUGAAGGAAAAGAGAGGCUGGACCCUGAACAGCGCUGGCUACCUCCUCGGUCCACAUGCUGUUGACAACCACAGGUCGUUUCAGGAGAAGCCCGGCCUCACCGGCAAACGGGAGCUCCCGCCCGAGGACGCAGGGAUGCCAGGAAGCUUCGCCCGGCCGCUGUCCGAGAACGCUGUUGUGCGCACCAUCAUCGAGUUUCUGACUUUCUUGCGUCUCAAAGAGGCCGGGGCCCUGGGGUUCCUGCCCGACCUCCCGCCUGCAGCCUCCGCAGAAGACGGGGAGCAGCCCUGAGGAAGCCCUCGAGAAUGUCCCUGUGCGCGGCGUCGCUUCCGGACAAACUUGGACACGAUGGAACGUGUUGUGGCGACUCCCGCAGGGCGGCCAGUCCUGUCCUCUCUGCUCCAAUGCUGUGCCAUUAGCGUUUCGUUGUUGUUAGGAUCAGUUUCCCCCUUUGGUAAUUAUUUUGAGUGAGAAUAAAAGAUAGCAACUGCC